CGGGCAGCAGACAGACAAUCCAGAGGCUGGGGAGUCAGUAGAGACACAGCCCAGCUCGUCUUAGCACAGCUCAGCACAGCCCAGCUCAGCCACUUCAAGAGGCAGGGGAGGGGAGACCCUAGCGCACACGGCCAACGCUGCAACACGCGCACACACACAAUCACACAGACAAACACUCCUCCUCUCCCUCUCUCUCUCUCUCUCUCUCUCUCUCUCUCUCUCUCUCUCUCUCACACUGGUCGGCUUGGCUCCGCACAGCUCCUCUACUCAUUUGCUGCUGAUUCACUCGCUCACUCGCUUGCCUCUCUUCUGCCAGUCGCUCUGCCUUGCUGCGCUCUGCCUGCCUGAGAAUGGUCCAGCCGGUGCCUGGGGGUCUGCUGUCGCAGCCUGUCUGAACGCAUAAACACACAGAGUCAAUCGACACGCGGAAGCACACACACACAAACUGGAGAGCAAUGUGAGAGAGGAAGUGCCUUCACUGAUGUCUGCUGCAGCUUUGACCUGCUUCUACAGCUGAAGCUCCACCCUCCCCCCUGCCUCGCUCGCUUGCUGCCACAGUAACACAAGUACAAGGACAGCAACCACACCCUCCUCACAGCCUACGCUCUGACCCGCUCAUCCAUCCACUACCAUCACCAUCCACUCCUCGCAGCCGGGCUCCAGCCUCAGCUCUCCUCACCAGACAGCCCAGCUGCCAACUGCUCUCCACCAGCUGACCAGCCUUACCACAGUAGCCCAAGACACCACAAGGCUCACGCAGCAUCUCACACACCUUGCCUUUAACCUUCACCGUCAACCCUCUUAAGCCUCCACUCGGUCCUCAGUGUCCUUAACCUUCCUGUAGCAGGCUAUACCCAGACUAUCACCUUUGUUGCCUGCUUCACUGCACCUAACCAGAGGUGUUUGCCACCUUCGCUUGUGAAUGUUGUAGACGGAUCAGUGAGCAAUAAACAGUGAGAGAGAAAAGUCAAGCUAAGAGUGGCAACUUAAUUGUUAGGCCAAGUUGUCUCCUGGAUAUAAUCACUUCAUCAGUGGUUAAUUGAUCAGGAAAAUGGCUCAGUAAAAUUCACAGCAAAACGUCGUCCUGCAACAUUUCACAUUGGACAAGGAGCCGUCACAAUCAAUAGGAACUCCUUUUUGAAUGUUUCAUUUCAACUUCACACACAAGUGUCACAGACAGUAAUAUCAUAAAAAAACAUUGAAAAAACUCGAAAAAGUUGUGGAUUAAAACACUAGAGGUACUUUAUUCACACUUGAACAGAUCUCAGCUCGGAAUACUCUUUGCCAGCGUGUCGCCAUGGCGAUGAACAUAGCACAUAUCCGUGACACAAAGUGGCUGACACUGGAGGUAUGUAGGGAGUACCAGAGGGGCACGUGCUCACGCUCCGACCAGGAGUGCAAGUUCGCUCAUCCGGCCAAAAGCUGUCAGGUGGACAACGGACGGGUCAUCGCUUGCUUCGACUCACUCAAGGGCCGUUGUUCCAGGGAGAACUGUAAGUAUCUGCACCCUCCUCCACAUCUAAAGACCCAACUGGAGAUCAAUGGCAGGAACAACCUGAUCCAGCAGAAGAACAUGGCCAUGUUGGCCCAGCAGAUGCAGCUCGCCAAUGCCAUGAUGCCCGGAACGCAGCUACCACCAAUGGUGAGAGGAAACACACGUAUGAACACACAUCAGCUACUGCCCACGCCCAUGUUCUCGGUGACUCCAGGCCUGGCCACCAACGCCAGUGCAGCAGCAGCAGCUGCAGCCGCGGCUUUUAAUCCGUACCUGAGCCCUGUGUCACCAGGCCUGAUGCCCCAAGAGAUCAUGCCCAGCACCCCUGUCCUCAUGGCCUCCAGCCCCAACUGCAGCCAAGUCCCCAACGCUGCUGCUGCUGCAGCCCAGAAACUGCUGAGAACAGAUAGACUUGAGGUGUGUCGGGAGUAUCAGAGAGGAAACUGCUCCCGGGGGGAGAACGACUGUCGCUUUGCCCACCCCGCAGACAGCACCAUGAUCGAUACCAACGACAACACUGUCACCGUGUGCAUGGACUACAUCAAGGGUCGGUGCUCCCGGGAAAAGUGCAAGUACUUCCACCCACCCGCACACCUGCAGGCCAAAAUUAAGGCUGCACAGCACCAGGUGAACCAGGCCACAGCCGCCGCGGCCAUGACUCAGUCGGCUGUCAAAUCACUGAAGCGACCCCUCGACGCAACCUUUGACCUGGGCAUCGCCCCUAGUGUGAUGGCUCCCAUGCCAAAGCGGGCAGCCCUGGAGAAAGCCAACGGGGCCUCUGCCAUGUUUAACACCGGCAUGCUCCAGUACCAACAGGCCCUGGCCAGCAUGCAGUUUCAGCAGCAAGCUGCUUUCCUCCCAUCAGGCUCAAUAUUGUGCAUGACACCUGCAGCCAGCGUUGUUCCCAUGAUGCACGGUGGUACUCCAGUCUCUGUGUCUGCAGCCACCUCAUCUGCCACAAGCCCCUUCGCAACUGCCUCCACCAAUCAGGACUCUUCCUUAUCAAAGUUGACUACCAACGAAUACAUGCAAUUGAUUCCAAUAAUAUCUGCAGAUCAUCUGAGUAGUCACAAGUACUUGACUCAAAUGUAGUUCCUCUCAAGAACAAUCAAAUGAAUGUGUGCUGGCACCGUCCAAGCCAAAAGAGUUCAGCCUUUAUGUACAUAACCUUCAGAAUGUCAAGCAAUGGGAUGAGGAGGGUCUGCCAUCUCUUAGCCGGUCCACGGCAAUGGUCUCAUUACACUUGUAAACAUCAAGGGUGCAACACAUGAUCUGUGCCAUCUUCCCACAUAUCAACGUCAAGAAGAAUUUGUUCUCAAAUUCAACGUCCAGCCGAGAGAAGAGUAUAUCUUGGUGCCGGGGUCAGUGUGUCUCUCCCUAUGUGGGAAAUAGUCACACUACAUCUCUGCGUCUGACUUAAUCAUAGCACUCAAUUUGCUCUAAUUAUUAUUAUCACUGCACGCACAGAAGGUCAACACCGUGGUUGCAUAAGGCAACAUACCGUGCUGGUACGUUAGACCAAGAUUUUUCUUUCCUUUUUUUUUUAUUUGUUCUAUUUUAUUUUUUUAAUCAAUAGCCAUAUUUCAUAGUUUACAAGUGAAAUGCAAACAUGCACCUUGAAUUUGAAUUGAAAUAAAGGCACAAUAAUUUUAACAGGAAUUUUAUUCGCCAAAAUAAUUAGGCAUGUACAGUAUUGUGUUUUUACGGCUACUAGUAAAACUAGAUGUUGAAAUGAGGGUCUUGGACAAAUGAAUGUUCUGGGUAAACCAACAUACCUGUGUACCUUGAAAGCACAGCCAGGCUAGCUUUUCUCACCUUGUCAUGUGCCAUCAAGGCCAUACAGCUAAAACCAGAGUGUUAUCUCAGCAGUGUUAUUUGUUUACCGAAGGUAAAAGUUUUGUAUGGCUCUUUUUUUGUAUUGUUUUGUUUUUAGAAACUCCAUUGUGAGUGUUUUGUUUUUAACUUUUUUCAUUUAAUUAAUCAAUUUUAGUAAUGGGUUUUCCUUUUUUUUCUUUUAAAAUCAAAAAUGGAGGGUUUUUUUCUAAAGUUUGUCAUACCUCUUUUCAUAGACUAGAAUAAGUGUUUUUGUCUGUUGGGAUUAAAUUGUUGCUAUAGUCCAUCGACUCUAAAGCCUGGUGAAGAAGAGGGUGUAGCUUCAACUGACAUUGUGUCACCUUGUUUGCCCUCUUUUAAAGAGGAGUGACUAUAAAACUGUGUUUGUAAGAAGCACUGUUUAGCCAUGUGUAGAUGGGGAUUCAAAACAACAGACCCAAAGGUCUAUUAGGUCAUUUAAACCACAUGUGCACUUGAAUGAUUGUUUGUCUGGUCACCCUGUUGUAAUUUCAUAACCCAUAACCAAGAGAACUUUCACUUUUGAUGAAAUACAUAAUAAGAUUAAUUUGUAUUUCCAAGCAAAACACAAAUGUUCUCAUUCACUCGAAGAUCCGACUACAGAAACCAAAGCACAGUUUAUCUCUCAAUCGCUAAGGGUUACAAAUGCAUCUCUCACUUAAACAAUUAAGGAAACAUGUUUAUGUUCUUUCAUUCAUCUGUCAGUUUUAUGAUCACAUCCUUUUUCUGUUUUCACAAAGGUUUGUAGUGUGUCUUUACCGAUUGUAAUGUACCUAACAAAGCCUUAGAUUACAAUUAAUGGGUCCCAGCCCAAUCAAAUGUACUUUCAAUCACCAUGCAGGUAAAGAACACCAAUGAUGUUUUAUAGUUCUCUCACAUGCCGCUUAUUAUCUCUUUUUUUUGUUCUUUCUCUCUAUGUAAAAGUAACAAUUACUCUCUUAAAUUUCAUUGAACUUAUGUGUUAUGUACUACUUAAGGAUUUGAAUCUAUUUGAGAUAUGUAGUUGUAGAUUUAUCUUUUUUUGCCUUACUAUAUAUUACUUGACAACAAUGAUAUAGCCGUUGUAGAUUUUGAGGUAGUAUGACAUUCAUAACUUUUUCAAACCAUAUAAAUGAUAAUGUGUUGAGUCAGUUUUAAAUAUUCACUUCAUUCAUAUAGCUGGAUGUCUUCUUCAGUUGAUGUUAUAUUAUCAGUUAAUUUUGUUGAUGAAAAGACUUUUUUUGAUACAAGGAAUGAGAUCAAUUAAUUUGCUGUGACCGUAGCGUCUCAGUAGACAAAAAACUAAUGUUUUAACCAACUUAAAAUUUACUUUUAACAAGUCAAGAUCAUGUUUGAAAAUAUAUUGUAUCGAAAUAUAGAUUGUCCAUGUUUUAGAGUAAAAAAUUGUUUUCUACUGUAUCCAUUUCAAAAAGAUAUGUACUUUUGUUUGAGUAUUUCUUAAGUUUGCCCUGAAUGUCAGGCCAAAACGAGCAGUGAGAUUGACGGGUGUUUGGAUGUUUGGUGGAUAGUGAGAUUAGGGGCGAGAAAGCAAAGACUUUCCCAGACUGGUGAAGUCAGAAAUGCUGCAGAUGAUGAGUUCUAACCUAAGGGACGAAGGUUGACUUUUUGCACUUCUGUAUAUAGUCAAAUGAACAGAGAAAAAAAUGUGUAUCAUAUUGAGAUAUUAUUUUGAAUAAAAAAGAUCUAUAAUUAUAAGGAAUUUUGUUAGAUUAAUUUAAAUUCUUAAAUUAGAAGACCAGCUAAAAAAUUGCUUGCAAAGAAGGGCACUAGUUUCUUGGCCAAUGCAUUCAGAGAAAGCUAUGCGCUGUUUGUCUUAUUUUAUCAGUGGCUAGUAUUGCCAGGGAAUGUUGUAGGGGAACAGAUACCCCCAUGUCAUGCUAACUUCACCCCUCAAAUGAUGCCCAUAUAUCAUUUGUUGGACUUGGUCAUGCAGUAUUGCUGCUCCCAUGGUACAGUUGAUACAUGAAACUAUCAGAGUUUGUAUUCUAUCAUAGUUUGAUUUGACUGCAUGUAAAAGUACAAACACGUAAACAAAAGAAAACUGCGUAGAUAUGUAAGGAAAGAUACCACACUCAGAUUACAGAAUACACAAUAAUACUUUUUUUCAAAUUAUACAGUACAUACAGUAGAUAACAUCCACAAUGGGGAGAAAUAAUACUUCAAAAACAAGUCAUCUUAUGUUUGUGUGAUCAAAUAUUUUCCAAGCAAACAUGUUAUUUAAAGAAUGAUAAAAUAUUAGCACUCAUCCACCCCGGACACUUUCUCAUAGCCAUAUAUUUACAGUCAACAGUGACUCACAGGAAGUUGUUCCUGCUCUCAUAGCUGUGCACUCAGCAGGUGAAGGCUCGUCACACCAAAUGCACAUUUGGCAAAUUAGUCUUUGAAAUGAAUGUAACAGACGUCGGUCGACAUCAACAUGUGUCUGACUCGAGGCUGCUGUAUAGUUGCUAUAGAACCAAAGCACCAUUUUCUCCAAACCAGAUGUUCAGUCUCUUGGCUGAAACCAAGGUUUCUCUUCCCUGCUGGGGGCACACAUACGCUUUGAAUGCUUUUUACUUGUAAGUGCAACCACCAAUUACGUAUUUGCUAACAGUUGCCACAAAAUAAUGUACUAUUCUGUCUUCAGAUUUGUUUAUGCACAUUUUAUUGUUGCCAUAAUUGACUCUUGCUGUAUGGAUGAAAAAAAUCUGAAUAAAACGAUAUUUGAUUUGCUCAUGCAA